GAAAUUUUAUUGUUUUGUUUAGUUAUAUUGAUUACAGAGUAGGUUAUUUGUUUUGAAUAGUUAUUAACACCAGUUUAUCUUGUACAUUUCAUAAAUUUCAAUAUUUAUAUCAUACUAGUAUUAGAGUAAUGUUUCCUUGAUUGUAUUCUUUUACAAUUUUCUUUCAUUAUUAACAUGGAGUGUGAUGAAGAUGGUGUUUAUAGGUUAGAAGGUAGCCAAAAUGAAAAAGGCGGUUUAAUUAUUAAGAAAAAGCCUGUUUCUGGUGCAAAUUUUGAAUUCAGAGUUCCAACAACAUCUCUUCUUGGACUAGAUAGACUUGCAGCUCAGCGACGAAAAGAGCGUGAGGAAUCUGUGGAGAAGGAAUCAAAGAAAUCAAAACUUUUAUCAUAUAAAGAUGUUGAUGAUGGUGAAAAUGCUGAGGAAAGUCCAAGGAGAUCUGACAGAAGAGACAAAAAGAAAGAUAAAGAAAGACAUUAUAGAGAAGCAUAUGACGAGACUCCAACACACACUGGCGGUAUAUCACGUGAAGCUAGAGAGAGACAGGAAGCCAGGAUGAGACGAGACAGAGAGAAAGGUCUUUAUACCAGCUCCAAAGACAGAUCUGGUGAUCGGGAUAAAAGCGAUGAUAGUAGUACAAGAGAAAGAGAAUGGGAGCGAGACAGGGACAGAGACAGAGGUAGAGGUCGAGACAGAAAAAGUGAGCGGAGGGACAGAGAUUCUGUGCGUAGAGAUAGAGAAUCAGAGCGGAGAGGUAGAGAUUGGUCAGAAACACCCAGCGUUCGAUUCAAAGAUGAACCAAGAACACCCAGCUUUAAGGUUAAAGAUACUCCAUCAAGAACAUCGUGGGACGAUGAUGAUCCUACGCCACCACGCCAUUCCAGCUGGGACUUGCCAACACCACGCACUUACAAUACGCAGGAGAACGGUGAGUGGUCAACACGCAGGCCUACACCAGCGCACCGUUACAACGUAUGGGCCAAGGAUCGAAAGCGCACCGGAGCAACCCCCUUGCCAGGCAAAGAGGGGGAAGUAGCGUGGGGAGGGCGAAGUGAAAGGGAGCAGUGGGAGGCUGAGCAGGUCCGCCUAGAUAGAGAAUGGUACGCUCUGGACGAGGGGGCUGAUACUGCCAACAACCCUUUCAGCAAUGUCAGUGAGGAGUACGCACGCAAGAAGGAGCAGCAGUUGGAGCAACGCAAGAAGAAACGAAUGUCUGCACAACAGCGGCAGAUCAGCAAGGAUAAUGAGCUGUGGGAGCGUAACCGGAUGUUGACCAGUGGUGUGGUACAGUCAGUGGAUGUUGAUGAUGACUUUGACGAUGAGAGUGAGGCCCGUGUACAUCUCCUAGUACACAAUAUUGUUCCACCCUUUCUUGAUGGCCGGAUCGUCUUUACUAAACAACCGGAACCGGUCAUCCCAGUUAAAGAUCCAUCAUCAGAUAUGGCUCUGGUUGCGAGGAAAGGGUCUGGGCUGGUCAGAGUGUACCGAGAGCAGAAAGAGCGGCGGAAAGCUCAGAAGAAACACUGGGAACUUGCCGGAACCACCAUCGGAAACAUCAUGGGCGUUGAGAAAAAAGAAGAAACUGAUGAACGGCAAGGAAAGGAUGAUGAGACGGAUUACAAGACAGAUCAGAAGUUUGCCGAACACAUGAAAGACACCCCGGAAGCCAGCAGUGAGUUUGCUAAGAAAAAGACUAUAACAGAGCAGAGGCGGUAUUUGCCUGUGUUCGCUGUUAGGCAAGAGCUGCUGAACGUGAUCCGAGAAAACAGUGUGGUAAUCAUUGUUGGAGAGACAGGCUCAGGUAAAACCACACAAUUGACCCAAUACUUGCAUGAAGAUGGAUACAGCAAGUAUGGGCUCAUCGGUUGUACCCAGCCAAGAAGAGUGGCAGCCAUGUCAGUAGCCAAGAGAGUCAGUGACGAAAUGUCCUCCAAGUUGGGAGACACUGUUGGAUAUGCAAUCCGUUUUGAAGAUUGUACUUCAGAAGACACAGUGAUCAAGUACAUGACAGACGGAAUCUUACUGAGAGAGUCCCUGAGAGAGCCGGACUUAGAUAAUUACAGCGCCAUUAUCAUGGACGAGGCGCACGAGCGCUCUCUGAGCACUGAUGUCCUCUUUGGCUUACUCAGGGAGGUGGUGGCACGGAGACAGGACCUCAAGUUAAUUGUCACAUCUGCAACAAUGGACGCCGGAAAAUUUUCAACAUUCUUCGGCAAUGUCCCAACGUACACAAUACCUGGCAGGACAUUCCCUGUAGAGGUGUACUUCAGCAAGAAUCCUGUGGAGGACUAUGUGGACUCUGCAGUCAAACAGGCUCUGCAGAUCCAUCUUCAGCCUCAUGAAGGUGACAUCCUGAUCUUCAUGCCUGGACAGGAAGACAUCGAAGUGACUUGUGAAGUGUUAGCUGAGAGGUUGGCCGAGAUUGACAAUGCACCACAGCUGUCAGUGUUGCCAAUCUACUCCCAACUGCCAUCAGACCUGCAGGCCAAGAUAUUCCAACGGUCACCAGAUGGGCUCCGCAAAUGUGUGGUGGCCACCAACAUUGCAGAGACUUCACUGACAGUGGACGGAAUAAUGUUUGUGGUGGACUCCGGCUACUGCAAGCUGAAAGUCUACAAUCCUCGGAUUGGUAUGGAUGCCUUGCAGAUCUACCCUAUCAGCCAAGCCAAUGCUAACCAGAGGUCUGGUCGUGCUGGGAGAACCGGGCCAGGGCAGUGUUACAG